AACUAGAUGAACGGUUUUAUUUCAACUCUGCUUCAAAUCGGGGAGGAUGUGGUCUUUGUGAUAUACUGUUGGUGAAAAGUCUAUUGAGAUGUCACAUGACGUGUCAAAGUAGAAGUUACACAAGGAGGAAACAAACACAGCAAGUCACCAAGAGUCUUUGGAGGAGAGCGAGACGUCAGGAGCAAUUUGGCGAGAACUGCUGUUGAUGAAAUGAACCUUCCUUCGGUGCCGGAGGUCACCCUCCGUCAGGCUUGUGACCUCCAAAUGGGUUUGACCCAGGUCAAAAGAAGAAGAAGAAGAAUCUCGUUUGGCAGUUGGCUGGGCAGAGUGCUUAAACAUGUUCUGAUGUGCAUGACCAACCACGACUUACGGCCCUCAGAGCCAAGUAACAAUCCAGCAGACGUGGACUUUAACACAACGCCGAGUAACGAUCAAGAUCAACCUGACCCAGGGCCACUUUGCCAACAUGAAUGUUCUGAACCACUGCCUGAAAUAUCAGCCAGCACCUCUGAACAUGUUUUCAUGGCUUCUCCGUACAAUGUAAUCACACACGAGGUCCAGCUUGAAACUCCACCAGUUGAGCAGCCCGCCGUGACCUACACCGUGACAGCCUAUCCUCACGUGGCCUACUUGGCCCAUAGUCGAUCCAGAAGAACCGCCUGCCUCUUGCCUCGUUCGCACAGCACCUCUGAAAUGAGACCAGAGAAGAGCAACAGCUUGACGCAAUCUGCCAGCUUGAUGGACAUGUUCCUCAGGGACUUUGAGCACUUUACGCCUGACAUCACCCUGGGGGGGGAGAAGGAAACCUACAGGUUGCAGUGCUUCAGGGCCGGCCGGUACCAGUGCACGGUGACCGGCCUGGUGUUCCACAUGGAUGGGGAGGGGGAUGUACGUUACGGGAUCAUCCCAUGGGACAUGAGCCUCCUGACCCAGCAUCACAAGAAGCCCGCCGGACCGCUUUUUGACAUCCAGUGUGACAAGCCGUCUGUGCGGCAGCUUCACCUGCCACAUUGUGAGAUCCCAUCCAUGGGCGGGUGUUGCUACUUGUCAGUGGCUCACAUUAGGGCCGAGGGCAUCGAGCUGAUCAGCCCUCAGGAAAUCACCGACACUCACGUCAUCGCCAACGUAAUGGGCUUUUCGGCUUUCGGGCUCAUGCGAAGUGAGGACGCGCCUCGCCUGCCCAUCCAAGCGCUGGUGCUGGUCUUCCUCAUUCCUGAGCCGCAGUCGGUUUUAAAUGUGCUGUUAGUGCCGGAGAACACGGUGGUGGAUGAAAUCAUUCGUAUCCGGAGGAGACGCAAUCCCAGUGAGGGCUUUGUGAACACCAUCUCAGAAUGCAUCCUGGUCCCACAGCAGCAGUACACGCUGACCACCACGCUAGGAGACUUGCUGCGAAUUCAACCAAAUCGAGCGACUUUUUACGACGGCCCUCGCAAAAAUUGCAUGAAUUCAUUCCAAGUACUUGGAAUGGACAUGGACAUGGACACCAUCCAUCUGACUCUCAGGGAGCUUGACCACCCCAACGACCAUGUCUGGUACGCCGAGAUUCCUUUGAGACUCCCAAUCCAUCGUCGUCCUGGCUCUGCGGUUGAAGAUCUGAAAAACGUCUGGAGCGGCUUUGUCAAACGAGUAUCAAGUCCGGUCCUCGAUACGUUGGUGGACCAUUUGUUUGAGGAAGGCUUCAUAAACGCGAGUGAAAGAGACGAGAUGUACAAAAAACCAACGAGAGAGCGCAAGGCACGUGCCGUCAUCCGCAGAGUGAUCAAUAUCGGCUCGUCUGCUUGCAUACGAUUCAUUACAUUACUUCGGGAAGAAGACCCCCACGUGUCGGAUACUCUUGGCUUGUUAUGAACAGGCAGAAUCCUUCUUCAUGGAGGUUUAUGAAAUGGCCCACAAGCAUGAACGUAACAAAGCUUUAUGCCAUAUUGAGGGUGAAUGAGAGGUGCUUUCUGCACAAAAUGAAUGAAUGGCAUAUACACAUUUUAAAAUGUUUUAUUAUUUGAAAAAAAAUCAUUAAUCAUUUGUUAUUUAAAAAUAAUAAAAUGCAUUUUAAAUUGGUGACUAUGCGGGGGUGGCAAAUACCAAACUGUGAACGGGUGCAGAUUUUUUAUAUGUUGUUUUCUAUAGAAUCUGGACUAUCCUGACUGUAUCUUUGGUAGCUAGUGUAGCUGGCACUGAUGAGGUCACUACAUUGUCAACAGCAAUCAUUUUUAUUGUUUAUUAUUAUUCUGCAUAUAUUUAGUUUAUUAAGUAAGGUGCUGGUUUAUAUUCCAAUGUUCAAGAUGUUCUGUGCACAAAAAAUUAUUUGACUUUUUUUAUAUUGUAAGUCAUGUGACACGUGUAAACCGGAAUUGCUUAAUGGUCACCGGAAGUACAUGGAAGAGCAGAACGUCGAGAGUGAACGGGAGCAAAGAAAUUUUCCAUUCCUUAUGAACCUUUUGUGACGUUCCAUUGCCUUUUCAAUUCCUGUACAUUCUACCAUUGGUCUACCUGGCGAACACGGUGAAUAUAACUUUAACAACUAUCGUAUUGUAUGUUGUAUUGAUGGACUUGUAUAUGGAGUUGUUAUAUUGUACUUGUUUGCAGUUUUCACUGUGUCCAGCGGUGUUUCAUGAUACUGCAAUGGCGUGUGAAUGUAUUCAAGAGCAAUAAAAGCAUCGUGGACAUCAGUAAAAGAAGCGUCAACUCUUUACUAGACCAGCGUAGUUCCAGCUGGAGCUGUGACGUCACUGCUGCAUCACCAUCUACUGCACUGACUACCAAAUGUGUUGUUUAUUUGAAAAAAAAAUGUGAACAUGCGGGGGUGGCAAACACCAAACUUGUGAACAGGUGCAGGUUUUCUGUAUGUUGUUUUCUAUAGAAACCGUACUAUCCUUACUGUGUGUUUGAUAGCUAGAGAUGUGACGUUACUGCCGUAAGCAUCGCCAUCUACCGGUCUAACUGUACCUAAUGUAUUGUAAUGUUUGUUUAUACAUUGUCUCAGUCAUGGUGUGACAACAAGAAAACUUUAAAAAGUCACACGGCAAUGCAACAGAUAAAUAAA